GGCCCGUGGCGCACUUCAUGGUUUCUCAGAGCCUGGGCUCUGCUGGUUGCUCGGUAGCUGCUCGCCGUGGAGAGGGACGAUCUGAGUUAUGGAUUUUGAAAAUCUUUUCUCAAAACCCCCCAAUCCGGCCCUCGGCAAAAAACCGGCUGCCAACCCCGAGGAAAGAACUGUAGAUGGUCCUGAAGUUGAAGAAACACAGACAGUCAAACGGGAAGUAAAGCGGGUCUGUGGAAAAGUUCCCAAGAAAUUUAAGCGCCCUGGAAACUCUACAGCAUCACCGAAGAGCUUGCCCUGUAGAAAGUCACGGAGUAAGGACUAUGAGCCGUACAGCGAUGAGGAGACAUGCGGUCAGGGAUCAGAAAAUAAUUUUGACAAAGAGCUUCAGCGGUACAUACAAACUAAAGAGAUGGCAAGUGUUGCUCAACCCUCACUACUCCCUGAAGAAUCUGUGAAGAAAGAGGGAGCAGGAGGUACCCAGCAGACUGUCAAACAAAAAAAUAAAAAAUCUAAAGCUGGUCACAAGAAAGUUAAAGAGAAGAAAAUGAAGCAAAAGUGUCCUGGCCCUGGGAACGAUGGGUCACGUGCCUUGCUGAAGAACAGUGGCUCCCAAGACAAGGCUGAUGAGCCUGAAGAGAAGCAGCCACGUGUGAGGAUGAGUCAAGGUUUCAUCAAUCAGCACACGGUUGAGCGUAAAGGGAAGCAAGUUUGCAAAUACUUCCUUGAAAGGAAAUGUAUUAAGGGAGACCAGUGUAACUUCGAUCAUGAUGCAGAGUUAGAGAAGAAAAAGCAAAUGUGUAAGUAUUAUGUACAAGGAUACUGUACCAGAGGAGAGAACUGCCUCUAUUUGCAUAAUGAAUAUCCAUGCAAGUUUUAUCACACAGGAGCCAAAUGUUAUCAGGGUGAUCAUUGUAAUUUUUCUCAUGCCCCGCUGACUGCUGAAACACAAGAACUGUUGGCUAAAGUUUUGGGUACUGAAAAGAAGUCAUGUAAGUAGACUGGAAAGCUUGUGUAGAGGGCAGAUCUAUUCCUGUUCAAGACUUUUGAAGACUGAUGAUUUGGAAUAGUUCAUAAGGUUCCUCGGUGAAUGCACCUUUCUGUGUCGUGCUCACGUGCAGCUCCCUCUGGACACAGAGUGUUGGGUCCAGUGCUCAGCUGGAGGGUGCUUCCUGGGACAGGAGAGGGGCGCAUGCAUGCUGGCUGGCGGCAAAUGCUGUGGUGUGCUAGGUUGCCGAAGUCUCUUCCAACUGAGAUUUCCAAGUACAAGUUUUUACAAGCACAAAAUAGACAAAGAAAAGUUAAGUAAGGAUGGGAGAAAUAAUUGAAAGGAUGAUGACAGAACUGUUAGGGGGCAUGGGGUAAAAAGGAGCUACACCCCUACGUGCCAUUAAAUACUUUGCAUAGUGUUUUUAACAAUUCAAAGUUCCACUUUAUGGUUUAGCAUAGAAUGUGGUUCUGCGAUCUUUUUAAAACCAAUUUCCUGUUGGAUAUUUGUUUCUUAUUACUACUGUUUAAAUAAAAU